AAGCCGGCACGUUUUGUUUUGUAUUCCGAACGCGUAAUCGUAGUUGUUGAGUCGUGUGGUAUGCGUGUUGGUAGUUCACGCUUCGUUUAAGUGCGUCUGAUAGCGCCAAUAUUCUCGCAUGAGUGUAUUAAAAUCGAAACAAAAACAGUGUGAAUAAAGUUACAAAGACAAAAAUUGUGCGUCUUUGUGUCGUAAUGAACGGUCUUUUCAUUAGGACUUUACUGGAUUUUAAAGAAGAAAAUUGAAGGUCCAUCAGAGCGCAGUUGUGAAAGUGUGGACACGAUGUCAAACUUCCAACGAACAAGAAGUAAGGUGUGGUGGGGUGAUUCACCGCCGAAUGUAGGAAGCCCUGUAGCCGAACCAGGCUGGAACCAAAACAAUCGGAGGGAAGAUCAAGAUUGGGAGCCGCAGCUGCCACAUUGGAUCGCCAAUCAGGCUGAACAAAGGAACAAUAGUGAUGAUAACAUUGCUAGAGCGAACAAUGCUCCUAACCAGUGGCCCCUGCGGCAUGGCAGCCCCGGCAGCCAUAAGAGUCAAGAUUCCGGCUUCUCAGACUCCGAUAGUUCACCACCGACAUCUCAGUAUUAUUCGUCACCAGACAACUCUGAUAGAAAUAAAUCAUCUUGUAGUAGCGAUUCUAAUAAUAAUGAAAACAUUACAGUUAAACAAGCGAUAGAGUUCCAGAAUACUUUACAAAGUAAAGACGUUGUUGAUAGUUCGAAAUUAGCUAACGAUAAUUCAGAAACACCUACACCAAAACCCCGUUUGCGAAGUAGCAGUGUGAUACAAACUCCUUACGACUUACAGAAAUAUUGUGAAGUACACCAGGAUGAGGAACAUUUGCAGUUGCUUAAAGAUAAAGAAAAUGAAGAUACAAGUAAAUAUCCUACUCCAAAGAAUAUCAAUACUGCACCCCAGAAGGAUAGUACGAAAAGAACUAUAAAUAAAACGUUGAGUGAGAAUGCUUGUAAACCUAGUAAUAAAAAAGUGUCUACAAAUAACUUAAACAGUAUUGAAAAUAAAGUAAGUGCAAUAGAAAAUGAUACCAAAGAUAUUCCCAUCAAAAAUAUAAAUAUUUUAAGCCCAUCCAAGAAAUAUCCUCCGAAGAAGUUUGUUUCCAGCACUGAUAGCGAUAGCACUAAAAUAAGUAAAGUAGCAACUGUAAAAGAUUUAGAAACAAGUAAAAAUAAAUCUGAUGAUAGUAUAGAAUACAUAAAAUUAGGCAAUAACAAUGAAAUCGCUGUUAAUAAUCAACCAAGAGUACGGACUCCUAUAUCCAAUGUAUCCUAUGUGCCCACCGAAAGAGUUUUGGCAACAAAACCUGAAUAUAAACGAAGCAUGUCUCAAGAAGAUGAUAUACCAAUAACAAGCACUCCUAAAUUCCAGAGGAAUAGAUUAAACCAAUCGUUAAAUUUUGAAGCACAACGCUUAGACCAACAAAUAUUAGAUAUUCAAGAAGGAUAUCACUCCCUUGGUUACAUUGAUGAAGAUGAUUUGGAGCCUGUUAAGAAACAAUAUCCUAAAGAACAAAUACAUAAGCCAACAAAGACUUUAUUAGGAAAAAACAUAUUAGAUAGCCUUCAUCUAAAACCGUCCAAAAAAGCAGGACCUAAAGCCAAACAAAGAGUAGCAGCCAAGGAAAAAACAAAGGAGUUGAAACUAUUUUCUUCUAAAAAGGGUAAGCCUACAGUGGUUGAAAGUCAUGCUGGAGGUAUUUUAGAUGGAAGUAGAGUACCAUCUUUGGGUCUACCGAGAACCAAAGAACAAGAUUCUUGGGUUAUUGUAGGUCAUCCAGUAAAAGAAAUGCUGAUACCGCAUUAUAAUGAAAGGCUUGUGGCCACUGAGAGUGAUAUCAAUCUACAAAGCAGAGACAAUUCUAAUAACAAAGACAGUUCUUUGAAACAAAGAAAAGUUACUCCACCAUUAGAAUUUCAAGAUAAACAGAAAAUACCAUACGACGCAAAUACAAAAGAAAAUAAGAACUUAACACACGAUUCGAAAAGAGAGAAAUUAAAAGACGAUGAAAUGAAUUUCUUAGACCUACAACUAGAUUUGGCUUGUGCGUCCACACCAAAAAUGUUAGCGCCACAAGACUACAUGAAUGGCGUCGGAAAUAGUAACAAAAAGAAUGUGCGUAGAGUAAAUCUUUUAGAAAACUUCAAUAGCGGGCUCGUUAUGAACAAUCAGAACGAGAUACUGUACAGAGAAAGAAGUAUAGAUCAGACUACAUUGGAGAGGCUGUGUGACCGGAGGCCGGAGCCGGUACAGUACUGGUUGUGCGAUUUGGUCGGCUCUUGUGAGAAUGAAUGUAUGACGACAUUGCAGAGCAAGCCUCUGGGCGCAGAGAUGAAAGCUAUGGUCUCCGCUAGCUCGGCGACUAUAACUGGCAACAUUAAAAAAGUUCAGACACACGGACAAAUUAUCGUACACCAGUAUAGCGAUGUAUUAAGGCAAAUGGAGGCGAAAAAAACAAGCGAGGAACAAAUAUGUUUAUUAGUAGCCAAUAUAAAUGAAUUCGUAUUGGCUCAUAGCAUUACUCUCAAUACAAAACCACCCGGGGAAACCCCGGAGAGGUGGGACAAAAUAAAAAUAUCGUUGCAGAUGUAUUUACAAAAGCUAAUAGACAUCGGUGAAGAUGUGAAGAUUGAACUGAACGAAUCAAACCCAGAAUGGACUUUGGUCGAGAAACACCUGGAUACAUUGAUUGGUAUCUUUUUGGAAACUACCAAAGCAGUGCUGGUGCAACAGAUGAAGACCCUGGUAUCUAUAAUAGAAGAACCACCUUCUGACAUGAUACUAAAAAGUACGCUAACCUCCAUCGGCCAUUUAGCCAUGUUGAGCGACAACACCGACAACAAUCUGCACGAAAAGUGCUCUAAAAUCAUUAAGAGCAUAACAGAACUACCGUUCGUAGACUGCGGGGUGCCUAGGGCUUUGCUAACGGCCAUUAUCGAGUCUAACAAGAGCUCGGUUAAGGCGCUGUCUCUACGCGCCUUAGCUACGGUGUGCGUUACAGCUGAAGCUAUCAAGCAAUUCGAAGAGGGUGGCGGUAUAGAGAUCCUGUCCGACAUUCUAUCAGACGAGUCCAACCCGGAGCCACAAAUGCGGGAAGCGAUCACCGUCCUCACUCAGAUCACGGCGCCAUGGUUGAGGGGUCAUCAUGAUUUGACCCAGCUGCAUUUCUAUUUGAACACCAUUGUGGAUAAUAUUACUGCUAUUCUAUCUCGAACGGAGUGUUGCCAGCUUCUGCUAUUAUGCACAGCGUGCCUUGUUAACCUCGUGCGAGAAUUAGAAUUGGAAAAAGAGGAACAAAUAAACUGUGACAUCAUAGAAGUAAUGACACGACAUCGUACUGUGGAGCGACUUCUUGAUGCAGUCAAGCGAAGAGGCCCAAAUAUCUCUGUAUUCCUACAGGAGCAAACGGCGUCGCUGCUGGCGUCGCUGUCGCGCGUGACGCGCUGCCUGCUGCAGCUGUCGCGCGCGGCGGCGGCGAGCGUGGCGCUGGUGUGCUUCACGCGCGCCGCGCCCGCGCACGCGCCGCGCGCCGCCGAGCUGCGCGCGCAGCACCGCCUGCACUGCCACGCUGCCGAGGCUAUAUCUAGACUGGUCAUAGUCCCAGACGUCGCUCAACAAAUCGUACAGUUGGAGGGCAUUCCUCAUCUUAUCCGCCUGGUUAGGAUGCAGAGAACGCGGCCACAUGUCGAAUCUAACCCGGACCAAACCCUCAUACAUUGCCUCAAAGCGCUCAGGACUCUAUACAAACACCACCCAGAUGCCUUCAAGGAUUAUCAAAAAGAUGUCGACGAAAUGAUCCGACCGCAUCUAAUGGAAUCUCUUAUGACGUUCUCGGCGAAGCAAGAGAGCUAUGUGUAGAGUUUUAGAAGAGCGCCAUCUGUUGGCGAAUAGCUUUCUCGAAGGAGACUGAACAUUUUGAUUACUAGCAAUACAUUAAUAAACUAAAUAUUAUCAUCUUUAGUAUUUUAAUCUAAAUUAUAAAUAAAUUAAAAGACAAUUUUCUCAGCUAUUUAAAAUUAACAUCCAGUAAUUACACUCAGAACAAUGACAAAUGAAAUUAUUCAGGCUCAUAUUUGCCAUACAUUCCAAUAAAAUGUCUUGUAAAUAUAUUUAAUUUUGUUUUGUAGUUUCUUUAUUGUGAAGUGACUGUAUCAGAGGCCAUACCUAAUAUAUUGCUAGUCAAAUAGAUCCAAUGUUUUAUUUGUAUAACGGCGUACAGAAAUUAAAUAUUAGUUUAAGAAAUAUUCCAAAUUUAAAUUUGCACAUCUGAACUCCACUUUUUUUAUAAUUUCGUUCUUUUUAGAUCGUGCUUAUUUAU